AUGCAUCAAGAAUCGUCUACACGCCAUACUGCGCGCCGCUGGACGCCAGCUGACCACGCCCUCCUCCACCGCCUCCGCUUCAUCGAACUGCGAACCUGGCCCGAAGUAGCAACAGCACUGGGCCGCACGACACAAGCCGUGCAGGGCCAAUACUACCAGUGGAAGAUCGCCGAGGGCGCCGCAUUCGAAAAAAUGGGCCGGUGGUACGAGCCGCAGCAGCAGAAGAAGGUGCUGGAGGACGUGCUGCUUGUUUGGAGGAGGAAGGAAGAGGUGGAAUGGAGUGAGAAGGAGGAUGAGACGAUUGUCCAGGCUUGGAUAGAUGGAAAGAGCGAGGACGAUAUUCUGCACAGCGUGCGGUUUGAGGGCAAGUACCAGUGUGAUGUUCGGCAACGAUACAGGCUCUUACUCAGGGAGAAGGGGCUGGUAUAUAGGCGGUUAAUGGGGAUGAAGGAGAGUAGGCCGUUGCCGCACGGACUGGACAAAGCGCUGGGGAAGAAGUAUGAUUGGAUAUAG